AUGAGGAUGUUGGAUGUUCGGCCAGACUUGCUGGAUGCCAGGGUAGUGUGGGGAGUGGACCCUGAAUACCGUGUAGGUGCCGUUCAUCCUGGCCAAGUCGCUCCCCUCUUCCCUACCCUCUUCCCCCACGUCCCCAUCUCCUCCCCUCAUCGCUCCCCCCCUCAUCUCCCUUCGCCUCCCCUCGCUUCCCCUCCCCUCUCCUCACAUCAUCGUCGCCCCUUCCUCAUCCUUGCUUUUCCCCUCCCUCCUGCUUUCCCCAUCACUACGGAUUCCCCUCCCUCUUGCCCCCCCACCCUCAUCUUCCCUGCAGUCGCCGCCACGAUUCGACACAUACAAAGCAACUUUUGA